GUGAGGAGCGUGUACAAGAAAGAAAGGAUGGACGGUUUUCCUCGGCGUGUGCGUCUCGAUAUGUGGAAGCAGGAGGACGUGGACGGUCGUUUUUAGCUUGUUAUCGCGGUCUGUUGCUCUUUGCAGUGUUGUGACCGGAGUGAGCAACGUUAACGUUUCUUCUCACGCGAGCCGUUGGCUUGUUUUAGCUAACGUACUAUUUUUAAAUCUGACUGCGCGAGACACUUUAACGGUUUUCAGAAAAAAAAAACUUUCGACCACACUUUUAAAACUUUUUUUUGUCUGUAAACGAUAACGGAGUGCGAAUUCAUAUUUCUUUCCCGUUUUUAAAAAGUAUUUUUUUAGUUGUCUGUCAGGUUUGACCCGUCGCCAUGGAGAGCUACGACUGUCAAUCAGCGACGCACGAGUACCCACAUCCGUUCAUUCACGAGGUGAAGCUGACCAGGGCGCAGAGGAUCAGGGGCAUCAUUCUGGGCAGCAUCCUCUUCCCUCUCCGCAUCACCCUGGCGACUCUUUCCUUCAUCAUCAUGUGGCCUCUUGCCCGGCUACGUCUGGCCGGCCUGUCUGAGGAGGAACGCUCUCGGCCCGUGGAGGGCUGGCGCCGCUGGCUCUUCCACCCGAUCAUCUGGUUGCUGAGCCGAGCUGUCUUCGUCUCCCUGGGCUUCCUGUGGGUGAAGGUCAAAGGUCGCAGGGCGGACCUGAAGGAGGCGCCGGUGCUGGUGGUGGCGCCUCACAGCGGCUUUCUGGACAUGCUGGUUCUGUGUCCGGCCCAGCUGGCAACGGUGGUGUCGCGGUCGGAGAACACCAGCCUGCCGGUCAUAGGAGCUCUGCUCGAGUUCAACCAGUCUGUGCUUGUGAGCAGAAAGGAUCCAGAGUCGAGGAGGAAGGCUGUCGCCCAGGUUACAGAGAGGCUGACCUCCAAUGGCUACUGGCCUCAGAUGCUGAUGUUUCCUGAGGGAACCACAACUAAUGGCAGCGCUCUCAUCAAGUUCAAACCUGGUGCCUUCCUUGCUGGAGUCCCAGUCCAACCUGUUCUGUUGCGUUACCCCAACAAGCUGGAUACUGUUCGCUGGACGUACAAAGGAACGACCUGGAUUGAGGCACUGUGGCACACGACCUCACAGUUCUACACCAACAUGACCGUUGAGUUCCUGCCAGUUUACAACCCCUCCCAGGAGGAGAAGAAUGACCCCAACCUGUACGCAGACAACGUCCAGAAGCUCAUGGCCAAGGCCCUUGGAGUCCCUGCUACAGAUUAUGUGAUGGAGGGUCGAGUUCCUGUCAGUAAACUGGGUGGUCUCUCUCUUCCACUGGAGUCACCUGCCAGGGAAACUCUCUCGCUGUUGCAUAGAAACGGUCUGGGGGCACAUGAGGUGGAAGCAGCACUGGACAGAAUGAUUGACAGGUGUCAAUCAGGAGCUCAGGGGUCAAAGGCCAGCGUGGAGGAGCUCGCCUCUAUUCUCGGGCUGACGGAUCGAAGGACAGCCGUCACUAUCUGUGGCUUCUACUCCAAGGAUGAAAUUGUGGACCUCAGACAGAUCUAUGUGAGCGUUGCUGCUCUGUCCGGGUUUGUCAGCUUCAAGUCACUACUUCACACAGCUUUUACUCUGUUUGACAGAGAGAAUAGAGGCAGUCUGAGUGCAGAGGAGCUGUCUGACCUCAUGGGGGCGCUGCUGGGUGUUCCCCAGCACAACACUGCUGAGCUGUACACUCAGGCCUCCAAUCACGGCCGGCUUACUGAAGAACAUCUGCUGCGAGUGCUGACGACCCACCCGACCUAUCAGAGAGUGGUGAAUGAAUACCUGCAGCCCGAGGAGGCGGGCUCUCCGCUGGCCAAUGGGAAGGCUGUGAACAACAAUGGAAACAUGCACAACAGCAAUGGAUCUGUCCAUUACAACAAAAAGUUUGAAUGAAGACUUUUUUAUUUUUCUGGAUUUUUUUUUUUUUCUUUUUUUUUACAGGCUGUUCAGUCAAGUUGGUUGUCCAUUUUGCAUCCACAUGGCAAACUGAACCAGAAUAAGCAUUGACAAAGGAUUGUAUUUUUUUAAACUUUGGUGCCUGUGUGUGUGUGUGUGUGUGUGGAUGUGUGUGUUUGGAUGUAUUGGUGUAUUUUUACUCUGUUGCUGACCAGGUCCAAGACCAAGUGUGGAGGUCUUGAGGUCCUGUUCAUGUUUACCUUUUUAAUCACACUCAACUUUUUGUAUGAUAGUCACGUUUUGUUGGACUCACUUUUGUCAUUUGAAGCCCGAAAAUGUCUAAUUUAUAGAAUUCCCUCUUUUGUGUAUUGAAUUUUGAAAUAUGUGCAGAAAGAGUCUGAACACUCUGUAUAUGGAAAAAGUUUAUGUAAAUGGACACUUCUUACAUUUUUGUGUGAAUAUUGUUUAUAUUUAACAUUUAAUUAAACUGUGAAUUCUU